UCCACAAUAGGGUGUGGAAUAACUAUUUUAUUUUUCAAGUCGCCAAUACCACUACUCCGAUCCUGUUCAAAGAAAGUAAAAAGUCGAACUCUACCAAUAAAUCGACGUUCAAAUCAGUGAAUUUCAUUUGUUUUAUCAAAACUUUAGUCCGACCUUAUCAUAUUACUCAAAUUCAUUGAUAGCCUAGUUUACUAUUGCAUAAUGCUGAUAUUUCGUCCUGCGAAUUUUGGAAGGCCUCUCUCAUCGAUAAUAGGAAACUUGAAAUAUUUUUCUGGUGCUAGUGAAACGAAUAAUGACCUCAUUGUCAACGAUUUUGGAGAUAAAGGUGUGAUCACACUCAACCGACCAAGACACCUGAAUGUUGUCACCCUUGAAAUGAUAACUAAACUCUUGUCUACUUUGUCGAGAUGGCAGAGCAACAAGAACUUGAUAGUGAUUAAAGGUGCUGGCAGUAAAGCAUUUUGUGCUGGUGGGGAUCUGAGAUUUGAAGGAGGAAAGAACGAUCUCCAUACGUAUUUUCAAACGUUCCACAAAACGAUAUUGACUAUAUACUCAUGUACAGUACCCUCAGUAGCCCUCAUGGAUGGAAUUGUAAUGGGAGGUGGGGCAGGGCUCUCAGUAUUCACUUCUUUUCGAGUAGCCUCAGAAAAAACAAUAUUCGCGAUGCCCGAAACCAAACUAGCGUUUUUUCCGAAUGUAGGUUCACCAUAUUUUUUACAACAACUCAAUGGAAAGCUGGGAUUAUAUUUGGGACUCACGAGUAAUUCUUUGAAGGGAUCAGACGUUGUCAAAACUGGGAUUGCGACACAUUAUUGUAAGAGUUGUGAUAUACCCGAACUAGAAAAAGCUUUAUUGGAAACCAGCAGCUGUGCUGAUAUCAGAAGAGUUUUAGAAUGUUUCAGCGAUAAAAAUCUUCCAAAGUUGUCAUUCUCUACCAUAAGAGAUACCAUAGAUCACUGUUUUGCUGCACCAACUAUCGAGGAAAUUAUUACCAGAUUAGAGGAAGAUGGGUCGAGAUGGGCAACUGAAACUUUGACAACUUUGAGGCAAUUUUCUCCAACCAGUUUGAAGGUCACUCUAAAAACAUUCGAGUUAGCAAAAACGAUGACCUUGAAGGAAAGUUUGAAUAUGGAAUACAGAGUGAACAUGAACUUGAUACAUCGCAGCAGAGACACUGUUAGGGCCAUAUAUGCCUUUCGAGAAGGAAUAAAUGAACAACCAGAAUGGGAGCCGCCUACCUUAGCUGAUGUGUCUGAUGAACAUGUUGAGACAUAUUUUGCGAAAUUUCCUGGAGAAGAACCGCUGUGAUUCAAAAUCCACAUUUUAUUUUACUCGAUUUUUGUAUUUUUGAAUUUGACAGAUAAGAAGCUAUUCAACAGAUACAGAAUCAAAUGAACAAAUAUUUUGAGAAUGAUUUGAUUUGCUUUCAUAAACUGAACCAUUUUCAUAAUAAUUGGAUUGUAAGUUGCAGAAUAUCACGUUACAUUUGACAACUACGAGGCACAUUCUUAUCAAUAGUAUUUUAUCUGAUGUAAAGUUUGUAUCUUCUCAUGAUAUGUUUCUCUGUUCCCUCAACAGAGAUGCUUCUAUGUUGAAAAGAUUGGAUAACAAUAAAAACUCAAAAACACUU